AUGGCUUUAAUUUUAGAGAAUCCUCCAGCUCCACCACCCACUCCACCAAAACCCACGUCAAGACCUUCAUCGAGAGCUGCUAAACCACCAGCCAUCCAACCGACUCUUGCCAAUAACACUUAUCGAGAGGGAGAUCAAGUCAAACUACAAGUAUUUAUCACUGGUGAACCACGACCGAGAAUUCAAUGGACAUUCAACGAUCAACCAAUUCGUAUCACUCAACACUUACAUAUCGAGAAUGAAGAAACUGGAUGGUCUCGUUUAAUUAUUGAUGAAAUUCGCCCCGAGCAUGCCGGCAUUUACACGGUAUUUGCUGAAAAUGAGGCUGGUGAAGCGAGAACUGGAGCAUCAAUGCAUGUGACACCUGGACAACCACUCAUCCAACAGGAGGAACAAAUUCAAACUCGAUCCACGGUCACUGUUCAACAAAGCGCUGCCAUUCCACAUAAAGAAGUCACAAGAGUGGUGACUGAGGGUUAUUGGACAGACGGUCAAUUGACUGGCUCACCCACUCCACCACCAAUUCCUCGUCAUGGUAUGCAGGUUCGUCUCGAAGAGUUUGGAGAACAAGAUGUCACCGAAGUUGGUUUCUCAAGCAUUGCAACCUCGCCCGAAUUCAUCCGACCAUUCCUCAAAGAGCACACGGUGAAUGAAGGGGAAAAGAUUCGAAUCGAGUGUUUGAUGAUCGGCGCACCUCGUCCCAAAGUAAACUGGUAUCACAAUGAGCGCAACAUCAACCUCAGUCAGGGUUUCGUUGAACUAUCAAAUGUUGGCGACACGUACGCGAUUGUGAUCAAUGGAGCCACACAACAGCACGCUGGUUACUACAAAAUGAUCGCUGAGAAUUGUCGAGGAAAAACGGAAAGUCAAACGAUACUUCAUGUGAGACCCAGGGAAAUGGCUCUUGCACAGGAAGAGUUUGAGAGACAACAAAAGAUGCUUCGUAAAACCACCCAAUCACCUUUACAACAACAGGGAUCGAGACCAGGCAGUCGCGGCGCACAAGAGCAUCGAGAGAGAAUCGAUGAGCGUGUGAGCUAUGAGAUCGAGAGUCAACGCAGGGCACAGAAACAUGGAGAGUCUCGACUCGUCACUCCACCACCAGCUAAACGACAUUUGACACAAGAGCAUCACCAGAAAACGGAUCACCAUGAAGAGUUCGAGAUCGAGCAGCAACGCCGUGCGCAGGGUCAACCUCCGCAUUUCACUCAGACAUUGGUUUCCGCUGUUGCAGCUCAAGGUGAAGACGCACGCUUUGAAGGAGUUGUCACUGGCUGGCCAGCACCAGAGAUCGAGUGGACGAAAGAUGGAGAGGUGAUCAAUCGACAAACACAUCCCGAUAUUAAUUUCUCAGCCAUCGGUGGUCGUGUCUCGUUGUCGAUUGGUGCUUCAGAUGUCGAUCACGCGGGCAAAUACAUGUGCACAGCGAGAAACGCCUCCGGAGUUGCUACCUCGUCUGCACAGCUUGUCGUUAGACCAAAAACAAUCGCUCCGGAUUUCAUUCAACGGCUGAUCUCUGAGGAAGUGGUCGAGGGAGAACAACUAAAAUGGACUGUCCGAGUCACUGGAGAUCCACAACCAAAGGUAACCUGGUUGCGAGACGGUGUCGUCAUUCCCGAUUGUGAAGAGGUGCGAAUCGUCGAGGAGGGUGAUGGGGUGCAUACGUUGUUGAUCGUUCGCGUCGAGAUGGCCGACUGCGGACAGUUCACUUGUCUAGCUGAGAAUAUCGCCGGAGAAGCUCGUUCCACAGCAGAUCUUGUCGUCCGGUCGCCGGGCGCUGAUCCGGGCAACUAUUUCCACGUUACGAAAGUCACCCAGGAACGGCAGGUGAAAGGCGAGGAACCACAAAUCGACCAAGCUUUCGCUAUUGAAAAUCCCCGAAAUGCUGCCAGCAAUUUUAUC